CACGAGCCACAUAUUUUAAGUACAUACAUAUCUAAGUAUAGACGCUAAUACCGAUACGGCCAAUUAAGCGACUCCCACACUCGACCAUUUGCGCCUGUGAACUUUUCGAAAUCGUACAAGGUCGUCACGAUAGAGCAGCUAGGUACUCUGGACCAUUGAACCCUCCUCAUCCCCGCGAAUCUCACGAUCUCGACCUUCAUACAAAAUGGCCACCAAUAACGUCUCCGCAGACCUCGUCUGGGAACUUGUCCGCAGCAACAACUCCUACCUCGUCAAGCGCAAGGAGUCUGGCGGCAUUCAGUUCUCCCGCGACCCUCUUAACUUGACCAACCUCCACAGCCGCAAGUAUGCCGGAUUCGUGAACACCAAGGCUAUCGGCGUCCAGCCCGCGGAGAAGAACGGCGUUAAGGUCAUCAGCAAGAAGGAGUCGGCUGUUCAGCAGCCUGCUAAGUCUACCACUGAGGUCACCCACAGCGGCGGCCAGGCUACACGGAAGAUCUACAAGACCGUUGCCAACAAGACUGCCAAGUCCGGCUACCGACCCGACCUCCGCGAGGCCGCCGUCUCCCGCGUCUCUGCCGUCCGCCAGUCCCAGCGGGAACCCAAGCCCACCCCCGAGAAGAAGCCUCGAGGCGCCAAGGCUAAGAAGGCUGCCGCCGCGGAGUCGUAAGCUCCUUAUAGACAAGGAGAGGGGAUGGAUGGAAUAACUAGGUAACGACUACAGAGAUAAGGCCGGCCGGUAAAUAAGGCAUAUGCAUUUUUAAUAGUCAAUCCAAAUUCCAAAGGCGUCUGAGGAAAGAAAUCCUUCAACGAAAAAUGCUUCCUAUUUUGUGUGAUUCGAAACUUAUCUCGCAUGCUUCCCGGCACACAU